AUGAUUCACAGCGGCGGCGCCGAUUGUUAUACCAGUACCACGGCAACCACGACGAAUACUGGUAAUCCGACGACCCUGAUGAUGGCAAAUAUACAACAACAACAACAACUAAUACAACAACAACAGCAGCAGCAACAUCAACAGCAAACUGCUGCAGAUGCCCCUACGGAUUUCUGGUGGUGGUCGACGACGGCCCAGCAACACGCCGACGACGGUGGUGCGGUAUCCGGGCACCAACACCAGCAAAUAUCGUCUUCGUCGUCCCAACAGCAACAGCACAACCAAACGAUGGACGGAGACGAGUUUGACGGUUUCGACUUGUCACUGCUAAUAAACGGUGCAAGCGACGGAUACUUCAGCGACGCCUCGUCGGCCGACUGUCGUGUGCCCGGGAAUGCUAUUUCCGCGACGGUUACCGUGCACACCAACACGUCCAUGGACGUCGGUGGUGGCGAUGGCAACUGUUACUACUCGACACCCGCGACGUCGACGUCACUGCAACAGCAAUUGGAGCUACAGCAACUUCUGUCCAUAUACGAUGACAUAUGUUCCUUAGAAGAUGCGAAAUCCAUUUUCCAUCAGCAGCCUCCGGUGGCUCCUGCCGUGGUGUCUACCACGACCGCCGGUGUCCGUCAAUCCAAAACCCCCGUGCCAGUCACCCCAGCCGGCCAGCUCGUCAACGCGUCGACAACGAUGACGGACACCACCGCCGCCGCCAAGGACCGCGCCGGCAAGACCACUCUGUUGAGAUCGCUAUUGACAGCCACAGCGCCGCAGCCCUCAAUACCGCUGUCGCCCACACGCCCGGCUGACUCGCCACCAGCGGCCGUAGUCGAAUCCACCACGGAAGUGGCAACGACUACGACGACAAUCAAACACGAGGUCGUCUCUCCAAACAGCCACAACAAAAGCAACAACAACAACAAACACCGACUGCUGAUCGAAAUGUUACGUGGUAGCAACACGGACGACGAUGUCGUCCCGACGGCUCCGACGGUGCGGCCCGCGCGCCGUAGACCACGCACCGUGACUAUCGGUUCCGAUGAUGAAGGCGGCCCGCCCCAAGGCAUCAGACGCCGACUGGACGCGCCGCCGUCUCUACAACUGGACGGCGGACAGGCGUCCAAGCAGGACGUCGCGGACGACGACGAACUUCUGUUAUACGGCGGCCCUUAUUAUUCCGCCGCGACGUCGCCGUCGUGGCUGGACCGCAUGGUGGCGGCGGCUGCCGCUGCGACAACGGGCGCCAGCAAUGCCGAUUUUUAUUCAUACGCCACAGACACCGCAGCAGACCAACCGGCGCUGCAUCAAGAUCUCUACCGUCGACGACAACAACAACAACAACCACCGCAGGAGCAGCAGCAGCAGCAGAACGGCGACCGUGCAGUGGACAUCGUUAACAUCGUGGACGACUGCUGCAGCGUCAGCGAUUAUUGCAACAGCUACGGCAUCGGUGGCAGUGGCGGCUUCGACCAAGGCUACUACUCCGUUGCUUCGGCCGAAGUUGCGUACAGUCCACAGACUUCGGCUCCAGUGCCAUCCGUCACGCCACCACCAUCGUCGUGUGGCGACCCAUCGACGACGAGCACGAGCGACGACGGUGAUAAUAUGGUCCAACAAAUGGCGACUUGGAAAACGACUGAAGCAACGGCAUCCGACGACUAUUACGAUAGGUUGCUGAUGACGGUUAUGAUGGAGGCGGCGGCUGCGGCAUCCACUGUUCCAUCGCCGGCCAGCAUCUCCGGUACAGCUGACAAUGUCGGCAGCAGCUACAUCAGCAGCAGCAGCAACAGUAGCAAUAGCAGCACUUGUAGCACUACGUUUAAAAGCGUGACCGGUGAUAGUGGCGACGUGAACGCCGACGGCGACGGCAGCAACAACAUGUGCUUCAAAAUCGAAGUGGACGACGACGAGUAUAACUGCGGCGACGCAGCCACUACGACGGCCGCCAACGACGAUGAUGACGAUGACGACAACGAAUCGGACGUACCCGAAACGAAGUAUCAACCCAGGCAGAUCCUCGUCAAGACAGCAGUGACGUGCUGUUCGACAACGGCAGCCGUGUUGGAGGCGGAAAACAAGACGUUGUCCGCCGCUACGACGGCUGUCGCUCCCUCCGGGUCCACGUCGUCGUCGCAACACAUCCACUUGUGGCAGUUCCUCAAGGAAUUGUUGACAGCGUCUUCAGCAGCCGCAGAGCUACAGACGGCCACCGCGGACGGCGACGCUGCUCACUGUGGGGCGUCACCAUCGUCCCCGUCGGCGCCGUCGACGACGCUCUCAAACGCCGCGGGAAACAAGCCACAGCAGCCGCAGCAGAUGAUUCGGUGGCUGGACCGGAAGCAGGGCAUAUUCAAAAUCGAAGACAGCCAGGCCGUGGCCCGUCUUUGGGGACGCCGCAAGAACCGGCCUGCCAUGAACUACGACAAACUGUCCCGGAGCCUGAGACAAUACUACAAAAAGGGCAUCAUGCGCAAGACGGAUCGUUCCCAACGGCUCGUGUACCAGUUUUGUCAUCCGUACAACGCUUGA